AUGUCGGCCGAACCUGCCGAGGGCGACUAUCAGCUCACAGCGAAUCAGCUUGCUGCUUUUAAGGAGGCUUUCGAGAUCUUCGACAAGCAGAAGCUCGGUGUAAUCAACUACUCUCAACUGUGUGCCCUUCUUCGCAGUGUUGGCCAAAACCCGACUGAAGCCGAGAUCGAGUCAAUAGUGGAGGAGUGGGAUCCUGAUGGUAUUCAGCACUUCGACUUGGAUACGUUCCUUCGUAUAUGCGAGUCAGACCAUUUCAAGGACCCGAUGAAGGAGGAGGUCUUGAUGGAGGCGUUUCGAGCAUUUGAUCCGGACGGCAGAGGGCUGAUACGAGUGGAAGAACUACGCCGUGUACUGCAGGUACUAGGAGAGAAGAUGGAGGGAGAGGCUGCGGACGUCUUUAUCGACUUCGCCGUGUCCAAAUGUGAUCCCGGUAAGACGGGCGAGAUCAACUACGAGGUCCUCACGCAAGAGCUCCUCGAACGCGACCCUAAAGUGGCCUAUGCUUAG